CCCAUGCUGCCCAGCGCACACGGAAGUACGUCAUCAAGCGUGACCUUGGUGUACUUCUUCACUGGUUUUCUAACAGACGAAGAGGACGAGCAUGGCGAAUAAAGAUCCCGGUGGUUUCCUGCAGCAGCUGCGGCAGAUAGCAGCCAGGAUGUCUGCAGGAUCUCGGGGCGCAGGAAUCGGACUCAAGCUGCUGAUCGGAGCUGGAGCGCUGGCCUACGGGGUCAAGGAAGCAACAUACACAGUUGAAGGAGGACAGCGAGCGAUCAUCUUCAACAGGAUCGGAGGGAUGCAGAUGGACACGGUCCUCUCAGAGGGACUCCACUUCAGGAUACCCUGGUUCCUCCAUUGGACAUGA